GUCAGACACAUGUUGUGGUAGGACUCCAGCAGGGAGUUGUAGUGCAGGUAGUGUUUUCCUAACUGAUGAGCGGGUCAGACACCGAUGAGGGUGGAGUUGACGAUGCAAGACUGACACGUUCGAGAUCACUUAGGGUCCCGCACGUGUUUCAGACCUUACAACCGGGAGACGAAAGACGGCUUCGUGCCCAGAAUAGAGCCCGUGCUCUUGCAGCAAUCAGGGAAACAGCACUAGCUGCAAGUGAGGCGUUGGCAUCAGCAAACGCAGCAGCUAGAGAACAGGCAGCAACAGCCAGAUCAGCAGCAAUGGCUAACGGCGCAGCCUCUGCUGCGUCCUCAUCUGAGACCCAGUUGGGAAUGCCCCCUGGGCCCACGGGUACUUUCGGGGCAGUAAGUUCUAGUCAGUCCACAAGUCAAAUGGCGGGCUCGCAGUUAAGCCCGUUGAGCCCAUGCGGCAGGGAGCUCCUAGAGCUCCGACAAGUCGAAAGGAUCCGUGCUCGGUUAGAGAGGGAACUGAAGCAAGCUACCGACGGAGAAAAAGAGAUCAAAAAUAGAACAGCCAGGCUUGAUACGUUAGAGGCAGACAAAGCUGCAUUAGAGGGUUUGGACGAGUCAGCCAUGUCUGACCAAAUGAAAGUAUUGAAGAACAGCAUACUGUCGCUGCAUGCGCAUGUGGACAACAGAUUGGACUUCAUGCAAAACUCUUUGGACCAGAUCUUGGACCUUUUGCAAAGGCCAGGAUUUAGGCCAGCAGCACAGUCGCCAUUGCCGUUAACGACGAUGUCAGGCCCCUUUCGGGUACAAGCUGGCACACAACCAAGUGGUACGUCUGCAGCAGACGCACAGACUGUUGCUUCUUCUUCUUCUGGGUCAGCGGUGAUAGCUACACCAUCACCGCAACAACCUGUUCCUCAACAGGGACAGCCGCAAGGUCAAUGGUACCCAAAGACCCCUAUGAAACCGCCCCUUGCCUUCUCCGGAGAGAAGAAGGACGAGGAACUCAACACAUGGUUGAGAACGGUUCCGGUGUGGGUAAGGGCAAAGAGGACUUUGCAGAAGGAGGAGGUGAUUACUGCUGCAUCUUACCUUGAGGGUAAGGCAGCCAAAUGGCUGGAUGGAUUAGUAGCAAAGGCCCAAUACGGACGACGAAUGGCAGACUGGGCUAAGACCCUUACGUUAGAAGAGUUCUUAGACAUGGUAGAAGCUCGCUGGCAUAAUCCACAGCGGGCACAAAUUGCCACUGAUGCGAUGCUCAGACAAGACCAACGAAAGUACAAGUCAGUCAGAGAGCUAACGUCUAUCGUAGAGAGCCUCAUCGUCGUUCCCAGCAUACGCUACGACGACCAGGUCUUAUUGACCAUGUUUGUGAGAUGUCUCCCAGAGAACCUCAUAAAUUUGUUGGCCAGCGAGGCUCGCCUUGAGUAUCAUUCCUUUGAGACCUUCUCUAGAAAGGCCUUAGAUUUGGAGGCUACUCUAGAAAGUGCUCAGCCUACUCCAGUAGACGGGAGGAAGAAGAAGAGUUCACAGGAGUGGAAGAAUAAGUGGAGUCGAUUGAUUAUGGUUGAGUCUGAUGGGACCCAAACUGAGAUCAAGGAGCUUUCAGACAUGUUGGACAAUACAGAGUACGACGACGAGGAGACCGCUGAGGGUAGCACCCUCGCCGCAGUUGUAAAAACUAAGGCAGGUAUUAGGCCGGAAGAUGUGAAGGUGGCUAGUAUCAGGGACUGGCCACGACCUCAGGCUGUUAUUGAGGUCAGAUCUUUCUUAGGAAUGUGCGGCUACUAUAGAAACUUCGUAAAGAACUAUUCCACAGUCGCCUCUCCUUUGACUGAUCUAACUCGACUUGACACACCGUGGGACUGGAGUGAUGAGUGCGAGGCUGUUUUCAAACGAUUGAAGCAUGCACUCAUGAAUCAUGAGGUUCUCAUGGUGCCCGAUCCUCAAAAGCCAUUCAUUGUCACCACUGACGCAAGCCAAUACGGCAUUGGCGCAGUGCUGGCUCAGCAGGAUGGGAAGAAGUUGAGACCGAUUGAGUAUAUGAGCAAAAAGAUGUCAUCUAAGAAACUGGCAAAGUCCACCUAUGAAAGGGAACACUAUGCUCUCUACAAAGCACUUGUCCAUUGGAGGCACUUUCUGUUGGGACGGUUUUUCUAUUUGAGAACUGACCAUCAGACCCUUAAAUGGAUCAAGACUCAACCGGCUCUUUCUUAUGCACUCAAGCAUUGGAUUGAGGUCAUAGAUCAAUAUGACUUCAAGCUCGAGUAUCUGAAGGGAGAGUACAACAAGGUUGCAGAUGCGCUAUCACGUAGGGCAGACUACCUAGGGGCGCUAGUUUCUGAGUUUGGUGUAUCUGAAGAACUAACUCAAUCACUGGUGGGAGCCUAUCAGGAAGACCCUGUCACGAUGGACAUCAUACGCAAACUUCUGGCAAAAGACAAGGCCACAGAAGAUGAGUUUGUGAUGGUGGACAGGCUUCUCUUUCUUGAUAAGGCCGGAUUUAAAAGUGUCAAUCUAGUACAGCGAUUUUGGUGGCCCGGAAUGCUAGAAGAUGCAAAGGAGUAUGUGGAGACCUGUCAGGUCUGUCAGCGGGACAAACCGCGAACUCAAGCACCGCUUGGGUUGUUGAAGCCCUUACCUAUCCCCGCUGGUUCGGGACAGAGUGUUUCCAUGGACUUCAUGGACACCCUGGUGACGAGUAGGAAUGGCAAGAGGCACAUCUUUGUCAUCAUAGAUCGAUUCACCAAGUACGCUAGACUGAUUGCCAUGCCAGAGACCGCAAGGACUGAACACGUCAUCGAGUUGUUUUUGGACAACUGGGUGCGUGAUUUUGGACUACCAAAGUCAAUCGUUAGUGACAGAGAUGUCCGCUUCACAAUUGAGCUGUGGAAGAAGACUGCUGAACAAAUGGGCAGUCAACUUCAGAUGACUUCAGGGAAUCAUCCCAAAGCCAACGGACAGGCCGAGCAGAUGAACAGAGUUGUACAACAUUUGCUGAGGCAUUACAUCAAGCCCAGCCAGGAUGACUGGGAUGAGAAGUUGCCUCUCAUCGCCAGCCUGUACAACAACGCUGUACACAGCAGUACCGACGUUAGUCCUAAUCAGCUGCACUGGGGAUGGAAGCCUAGAUCAACUGUGGACUUCCUCUUACCUGAAAACCAAUCCUCUGCAACUCCGGCACACUUGAGUAUGGUGUGCAGUAUGAGAAGUUGCUACAGCAAGCUGUCGAGCACAUCAGGAAAGCUCAGCAAGCAAUGAUUGCUUCUGAGAACAAACAUCGUCGACAAUC